AUGGAAGGCUCCAAUGGCUUUGGGAUCGACUCCAUACUCUCCCACCGUGCAGGCAGCCCCGCCCUUCCCAAGGGGGACCCCUUGCUUGGGGACUGCCGCUCGCCCCUGGAGCUUAGUCCGCGGUCCGAGAGCAGCAGCGACUGCUCUUCGCCGGCCUCACCAGGAAGAGACUGUCUGGAGACGGGCGCCCCGCGGCCUGGAGGGGCGUCGGGCCCAGGUUUGGACUCUCACCUGCAGCCUGGGCAGCUCUCAGCCCCAGCCCAGUCACGCACAGUGACCUCCUCCUUUCUGAUCAGGGACAUCCUUGCCGACUGCAAACCACUCGCGGCCUGUGCACCCUAUUCUAGCAGCGGGCAGCCGGCCGCCCCUGAGCCAGGGGGCCGUCUUGCAGCCAAGGCCGGGGAGGACUUUAGAGACAAACUGGACAAAAGUGGCAGCAACGCCUCGUCAGACUCCGAGUAUAAAGUGAAGGAGGAGGGCGACCGCGAGAUCUCCAGCUCGCGGGACAGUCCCCCGGUGCGCCUGAAAAAGCCACGCAAGGCGCGCACCGCCUUCACCGACCAUCAGCUGGCGCAGCUGGAGCGCAGCUUCGAGCGGCAGAAGUACCUGAGCGUGCAGGACCGAAUGGAGCUCGCCGCCUCGCUUAACCUCACCGACACGCAGGUCAAGACCUGGUACCAGAACCGCAGGACUAAAUGGAAGCGACAGACGGCCGUCGGGUUGGAGCUGCUGGCGGAGGCAGGCAAUUACUCGGCUCUCCAGCGGAUGUUCCCGUCGCCUUACUUCUACCCGCAGAGUCUAGUUUCCAACCUGGACCCCGGCGCCGCACUGUAUCUGUACCGCGGGCCCAGCGCGCCGCCGCCCGCCCUGCAGAGGCCUCUGGUGCCCCGCAUCCUCAUCCACGGACUCAGACGUCCUUUCCCGGGGGCCCCCUGUCCGGCUCUCCCUGGCCCCUCGGCCAGUGUCCCCCGAAGGGCCCAAUGCCAAGUCUACUGA